ACAUCGAUUGUUCGCUUGACCUUACCGGCCAAAGGGAGAAGAAGAAAGACGAUAAGGAAGAGGAAGUAAAAGACGAGAAAGACGCAGUCAAGGAGAAGAUGAAAAAUCGAGAGGAGAAAAAGCAAAGCGAGGUGACUUUAUCUGGGCUUUUGAACUUUAUUGAUGGAUUAUGGUCAGCUAUUGGUGGUGAAAGGCUUAUUGUUUUCACAACCAACUUUGUGGAAAAGCUUGACCCUGCUUUAAUUCGGAGGGGGAGGAUGGACAAACACAUUGUGCUAUCAUACUGUUGCUUUGACUCCUUCAAGGUGCUUGCAAAUAAUUAUCUAGACGUUGAAUCUCAUGAUCACUUUCCUGAGAUUCGCCGUUUAUUGGGGGAAACUAAUAUUACUCCUGCUGAUGUUGCUGAGAAUUUAAUGCCCAAGUCUUCUAAGGAAAAUGCAAACACUUGUUUGGAGAGAUUGAUUAAAGCUCUUGAAACAGCAAAGGAGGAGGCAAAAUUGAAGGCUGAGGAAGAAGAGAGAGAAAAGGCUGAGAAGGAGAAAGAGGAGAAAAAUAAAGAAGCAGCUGCUGAAGAAGCCAAUAAUACUGAUACAGUGAACGAAAAUGGGAAGUCUGAGAGUAAUAUUGUCAAGGAAAAUCCAGAGGGUAAUGUUGCUAAGGAAAAUGGUAAAUCAGAAAAUAAUGGUGUCAAGGAAAAUGAUGAUAUUAGUAAAGGCUGA